AAGUAAAUAGUCCCACUCCAGUUCGGUAGGUGUCGGUACUGUGCUCAGUGUCUGCAGCCAAACGAAGCUCAAGGAAAAGGAAGGACACCGGAACUCCAGAAAGAAACAUUGUUGAGCAGCAGCACGGUCAGCUCUCUGGUGAACAUGGGUCGCCACUUUGGAAACUUGGCUAAGAUCAGGCAUGUGAUCACAUACAGUCUGUCACCUUUUGAGCAGAAGGCUUUCCCAAACUACUUCUCCAAGGGAAUCCCCAACGUGUGGAGGAGAGUCACAGCGUCUUUCUUCAAAGUUGCUCCUCCAAUGACGGUGAUGUACCUGACAUACAGCUGGGGCAACAAUGUCCAUCAGGAGGGCAAGAGGAAGAACCAUGCUGAGUUUGAGAAUGAUGAAUGAACACCUGCCACCUUCAUGAAAGCUGCCCUCUGUUAUUAAAUCCAACUCUGUAUGUUUCACCAAUAAAGAUAUUUAUGUGAAA